CGCCGCGUCCUUUGUGUGCGGCCCGCACGUGCGGCGGCGGAGGGUCGGCCCGAGCCCGGGGCCCCGCGCGCACCACCCGGCCUCGCGGCCUGGCGGCCGACUCCCCGCCGCUGUCCUUGCGGCCGGGCCGCAAAUUCGGAGCUGCGGUCCGCUCUGGUUCCACCCCCGACGCCGAAGCAACCAGCGCCGCGGUCCUUCGCGUUUCUGACGCCCAGAGGGAGGGCUCGUUCCCAGCGCUCUUAGGAUUUUACUUUUCUCAGUAGUUUCUUCCCUCCUUCCCUGGGCCCCACGACGUCCCCCGUCUCCCCAAAGGCCAGAGCACCGGCGCAGGUGCGCGCAUCGGCUGCGCCUGGGCCUCGGCGGCUGUGCGUGUUCUCAUCGCGGUGGUGUGAGCUCCGCCGCGCUCGAGCGGCCUGGGACCAGGCCUUUGUUAGCCCAGCGCAUCCUAGGCGUUGUGGCCGCCCCGGGUUUCGCUCGGCGAGGCUGAUCAGUGCUUUCACACGCGGGGACGAUCAGGGAGACGCUCCACUCUAUAGGGCCUCCUUUCUAAGCCUAACUCGGUGGCAGAAGACCUGGAAAACUUUGAAAACAAGUUCAGAUUUCCAGGCUUGCCUCCGUCCACUAAAUCGGAAAGCCUCCAAGGUAGGGUCCUGCAUCUGUGUGGUUAAAUCCCCAGGGGCUUUUGGCCAGUGCGGCAGAAGUCUGGAGACUGUGGUUUGGAAACUACUGUCGUGGGGAAUAGGGGGGUGUACAGCGAGCUCCAGUCUUUGCCUGCAGAGAGCUUAAACGGGAAUGCAAGUGAUUAUAAUUAAAACUGGCAAAAGUUAGCGACCGUGGGAAAUGCCGCAGGGCCUGGAGGAGUGAUUGUAGUCCAUCCAGAAACGCUGGGGAAGGAGGCGGUGCUGGGAUGGGGCCUCUGAGCUUGGGUGGACUUGUGAUUUGUCUAGGCAAGGGAGCGAUCGGGCGGCGGCAUUCAGUUCUCCGGUCUGCGUGAACAUACUAGUGUGGAGGAGUGGUGAACUUGGGGCUCUUAAGGAGGGGUGGUCCUGCCCUGCGCCAGGCCUGGAUUCUGGCUUGUGGCACGUGAACCGUCUGGCCAGCCUUUAUGGGGCCAUCAUUCCCAGUAAUGGCACCGUUAACUCUUCCCCACUUACCACUCUGAUGGUACAGAAGCAUCUGAAUAACUGUCUUUGAGCCUGUGUGCUCAACUCGACCAUUCACUUCCUAAAUUGUUCUAGUUGGGGUUAAAAGCUCUGGCCUGGUGUGUGCAGUCUUUUUUUUUUUUUUUUUUUUAAACCCCGUUGAUGGAAUAUACCUUCUCUCUGAGUAUGUUUGGGGCAGAGUGUGGAUUUGCGGAUGUGCCUGUAAGCCUAUCAUUUAAAAAAAAAAACAAAAAAAAACCCAACUGUGACUUUUUACCAGAAAUUAAUUUGCUCAGGGGAGGGCACCCUUUAGGUGAUACAAAAUCUGAGCACUCAGAAGGCUUACAAGUUGGUACUUGGCAGCUUGCCACCAAAUCCAGGGUGGGGGGGAGGGUGUCUCCAACCCCUGGCUGAGAUGCCAGGGUGGCAGAGGGGCUGCAAAGUGUUUAAACCCCUGUUCCCUGGAUGAGUAAACUGCCCCCUGCUUGUGGGAAGGGCACUGACACUGCCCAGGCCCUGCUUGGCUGAGUAUAUUUUUUAAAAUAGCUUUAAAAACAAAGAAGGCAUGCUUUCUGAAUUUGUAGAUGGCCAGAAGCUGAGCGGGAUAAGCAGUAAAGUGAGUGGUAAGAAUUGGGAUCCAAAGUUCUCUGGACGCGCAGUUGGUUAAAACUGACAACAUGAGAGUUAACAGGUUGAAAUCGCUUGAACAAGAACAGAUUCUGAUUUCACUAUCUUGUGGACAUACUGUGAUUUUUGAAAAAUUAAUUUGAACACCAUAUUUUGUUUUAGAAAAUCUGUGGUAUUGACUGAUAAAAUUAAUGGAGUACAUGAAAGGAAAAUAAGGUUGGUUUCAUAAAGUGGAUGGAGGGGUGCCUGGGUGGCUCAGUCAGUUAAGCAUCUGACUUUGGCUCAGGUCAUGAUCUCGCCAUCUGUGAGUUCGAGCCCCAUGUCGGGCUCUGUGCUGACCGCUCGGAGCCUGGAGCCUGGAGCCUGCUUCGGAUUCUGUGUCUCGCUGUCUCUGCCCCACCCCUGCACAUGUGUGGGUGCUCUCUCUCGCUCUCAAAUAAAGAAACAUUACAAAAAAUAAUACAGUGUAUGGAAAGAUGAGGCAAAACUGCAUCAUUGUGACCCUCACAUAUGAUGUCCAGGUGCCACAGAUUUCUGAGCUAAUGCAGGGACCAGUAAAAGACUAGUCAUUUUCACAGUCCUGGAGAAGAGUGGUUUUGGACAUGUAGUCAAAUUGGUUUCAAAUCCACUAACUGCCUUCUGUGGCCGUUCCCCAUAUCUGUAAAAUAGGAUUGCUGGCUCCUUCUGUGAGCUCAUGGAUUAGAGAGAGAACUACAUGUAAGGUGCUUAGCACAGGUGUAGCACAUGGUCAGUGCCUAGUGGAUGUUAGUUAGUAAAUGAACUGUGAACUUCAGCGGCUACCUAAAAGAGAAUAAAAAUGCACUCUUAACUGGAUUUUGUGAAAAGGUAGGAAAUUUCACACUGCUCAGCUCACAUCAAGUGUAUUUUGUUUAAGUAGCUCUUUGAUUUUUGUUGUUGUUGUUUUAGACAUUCCAUCUAAUGCUCCUGCCUCCAAGCCUUUUAAUUUUUAUGAUCUGAAGAAACAUGUAGAAGGAACGCAUUAAAUGUUUUCAGAUUUUGUGCUAAAUUAUUAGUUUUCACUCCCCUUACAGAUUAGAUUGCUGAGUGAAUCCAGUCUUUUGUGUGUAGGGGGUUUGUCGAAAAGAGGAAGUAUGUCCAUGUCAGACCGGAGUGAAACUUCUCUGCUGUAUCAUACUCCUGAAAGAGCUCACUUGAUGUCUUUAAGGUCAACAGCUUAUAAUUGAUAAUCCAAACAAGUUAAAGGUGUCCUGGUUUAAAGUUGCUUUGGCAGUAAGCUGGUUUCAGUUUUAUAGGGUGGUUCUUUCACUUACUAGGUUGCUACGCCAGUAUGCUUUGAAACUGACGGUCAGCUGUGGGGACUAGGUAAAUACUGCAGGACAGUCUGUCUUAAGGAUAUUUCUUGGGAAAAAACCUAGAGACCUAAAUGUAGAAUAAAGGUUAAGAUACUAGGGAAGAAAAGACUUUAAUUAUAAAACUUCAGCGAUAAGCAAGGGAAAAAACUCAUAAAAAAUUAAAGUGGAUUUAGCUAUGUAAAAAUAAAAAAUUCUGCGGGACAAAAUAACCACAAAGGCAAAAGAUGAACAGAAAAUAAUUUAAGUACACAUUACUAAUGAGCCUUAAUAAAUGAAAGGCUCAUACGCAGUAAUAAUAAAAAAAAGACUUUGGUGCCUGAGUGGCUUAGUCGGCUCUUGGGUUCUGGGAAGAGUCGUGGGAUCGAGCCCCGCGCUGGGCGUGAAGCCUGCUUAAGAUUCAUAUUCUGUCUCUCUCUCUCUCUCCCCCUCUCCCCCCUCCUCCCUUCUCUUCCCCCCCUUCCUCUCUGUCUCCCUCUGUUCCUCCCCCACUUGCAUGCAUGCUCUCUCUAAAAAAAAAGAAAAAAAGACAAAUAACCCAUUUGAAAAUGGUCAAAGGCCAUUCAUGGAAGUUCAUGGAAGAAGAGAUGCGAAUGACCAGCAGCUGGAACCAGAGCUGCGCUUCCUCAGUCACUGGGGAAAGGAAUAGCACAUCACUGAUGGUUCCAUGUUUUCACCCAUCACAUUGAAAUUUGUCAACAUGGCGGUGAGGAUGGAGAGGAACGGACAUUCUCGUGAAGUGUGUUGGGAGUGGAAGUUACCACAGCUUUUGGGGAACGAAUGUUGGCAUCUGCCAGGCUUAAACCGCUCAUACCCUUUGAGCAGCAGUCUAGCACAUUAGGCAAAGAAGCUCAGAAGGGACCUCUGCUCUUCGACGACCUCCCUCCGGCCAGCAGUACUGACUCAGGAUCAGGGGGACCUUUGCUUUUUGAUGAUCUCCCACCAGCCAGCAGUGGGGAUUCAGGUUCUCUUGACGCUUCGAUGUCCCAGACGGUAAAGAACGAAGGGAAAGGAGCAAAGAGAAGAGCCCCUGAAGAAGAGAACGGCAGCGAAGAGCUUGUGGAAAAGAAAGUUUGUAAAGCCUCCUCGGUGAUCUUUGGUCUGAAAGGCUACGUGGCUGAGCGGAAGGGCGAGCGGGAGGAGAUGCAGGACGCCCACGUCAUCCUGAACGACAUCACUGAGGAGUGCAGGCCCCCAUCGUCCCUCAUUACCCGGGUUUCAUAUUUUGCUGUUUUUGAUGGACAUGGAGGAAUUCGAGCCUCAAAAUUUGCUGCACAGAACUUGCAUCAGAACUUGAUCAGGAAAUUUCCUAAAGGAGAUGUAAUCAGCGUAGAGAAAACCGUGAAGAGAUGCCUUUUGGACACUUUUAAGCAUACUGACGAAGAGUUCCUUAAACAAGCUUCAAGCCAGAAGCCUGCCUGGAAAGAUGGCUCCACUGCCACGUGUGUCCUGGCCGUGGACAACAUCCUGUACAUCGCCAACCUCGGAGACAGUCGGGCAAUCCUGUGUCGGUUUAAUGAGGAGAGUCAGAAGCAUGCGGCCUUAAGCCUCAGCAAGGAGCACAACCCCACCCAGUAUGAGGAGCGGAUGAGAAUACAGAAGGCUGGCGGGAACGUCAGGGACGGACGUGUCUUGGGUGUGCUGGAGGUGUCGCGCUCCAUCGGGGACGGGCAGUACAAGCGCUGCGGGGUCACCUCUGUGCCAGACAUCAGACGCUGCCAGCUGACCCCCAACGACAGGUUCAUUUUGCUGGCCUGUGACGGCCUCUUCAAGGUCUUUACCCCGGAAGAAGCUGUCAACUUCAUCUUGUCCUGCCUGGAGGAUGAGAAGAUCCAGAGCCGAGAAGGGAAGCCCACAGUGGACGCGCGCUAUGAAGCAGCCUGCAACAGGCUGGCCAACAAGGCGGUGCAGCGGGGCUCGGCGGACAACGUCACGGUGAUGGUGGUGCGGAUAGGGCAGUGAGGGCGCGGCGAGGCCAGGGGCGCGGCAUGUGCUGACUUCAGAGGUUCAUUGUGUGUGUGUGUGUGUGCACAUUACGUGUGUUUCGUGUACUCCUGUGGGACUCCCAUGGUUGUAAAUAAAGGUUUCUUUUUUUUUUCUA